CAAAGGGAGCCUGGCACCUCCUUGCUGCCCCGGGGCAGCUCUUGCCCAGGCCCUGUGGCCCCUCCCCCAAUCAAUGCCCCUUUGGUGGGCCAGAGACAGGCAGGGUUGUGGAGAAGCACAAGGGAGGGGGCGGCGGGCACUCAGGGAUGAGACAAGCGGAUUCCAGACCGAUGUGGUGAGAGGCAGGGGCGGGGGACCCCCAGGGCCGGCUGUGUGCCCGGCUCUUUGCCCACUGCCCACCCGCUCACUUACUCAAGGGCCCACAUGGUGUCGCUCUGGCCUUGGGGGGUGGGGGCAGGGGGCAGGGCCUGGGCAGGGGUGUGGCCGAGGCCCCCCACGGGGCAGGGGGGAAGGGGGCGGGGUCUCUGAGCCUAUGGCCUGGCUUGGGGCUGGCAGCUGCCCAGAUCGGCCAGGGCACUGACCAGAGGAGAGAGUGACAGAAACCCAGCGCCCACGGGGGAGAGUUGGCCAUGACAGGAGAGAAGGGAGAGGCAGAGGAGGAGGCCUUGAGCUGGGCCCCGGAAGACCUCACCAUGGAGGAGCUGCGUGAGGGGCAGGCGGCCGCCCGGGCCCUGGAAGACAUGCUUACUCUGAGCUCCCAGACGCUGGUGCACGCCGAGGUGGAGGACCUCUACGAAGAGGUCCGCCAGCUGGGCCAGGGCCGCUUCGGCCGAGUCGUGCUGGUCACUCACCGGCAGAGAGGGACUCCCAUGGCCCUCAAGCUCCUGUCCAAGGCCUCAACCACCCGUCAAGGCUUCCUUUACGAGUUCUGCGUGGGCCUGGCACUCGGCUCUCACCCCGGCAUCGUGGCUACCUACGGCAUCGGGCUGGAGACGCCUGACGGCUACGGCUUCCUCUCAGAGCCGGCCCUGCAGGGGGACCUCAUCGCCCUGAUCCAGCCCAAGAGAGGCCUUCCCGAGGCGGCGGCCCAGCUCUGUGCCCAGCAGAUCGCUUGUGCCUUGGAGCACAUCCACUCCCGGGGCCUGGUGUACCGCGACCUGAAGCCCGAAAACGUGCUGGUGUUCGAGCCGGGCUGCCGGCGCGUGAAGCUCACCGACUUCGGCCACACACGGCCCCGAGGGACCCUGCUGCGCCUGGCCGGGCCCCCCAUCCCCUACACGGCGCCCGAGCUCUGCGGCCCCGGCUGCCGGCCCCAGGGGCUGCCUAUCCAGCCCUCCCUGGACGCCUGGGCCCUGGGCGUGCUCCUCUUCUGCCUCCUCACCGGCUACUUCCCCUGGGACCGGCCGCUGCCCGCCGAAGACCCCUUCUACCAGGACUUCCUGGACUGGAGGGCUUCCGGUGAGGCCUGCGACCGCCCCGCUCCCUGGGCCGGCCUCAGCCCGGCUGCCGAUGGGCUGCUGGGGGCGCUGCUGGACCCUCGGCCGCGCCACAGGGGCCUCGUAGGCUCGGUGCGGCCCUUUCUGGGCCAGGCCUGGAAGGAGAGGGCAAAGCUGGAGGACGGGGAAGGGGAGGGUGCCCAGUGAGACUGGAGGGAAGGGUGUGGGUUCUCCCAUUCCUUCAAUAAAGCCUGAAGACCCUUCUCUGGGGGCACC